AUGGGUGGCGGCGAUGCGAAUGCGUUCCGCCGCGUCGUCGAGCGCGCCCGCCGCGAGUUCAAUCGCCUCCACAUCCAGCCGCAACGGACGACUCAACAGUUCGAUUCCUCUUUCAUGGAUCCACAAGCUAUGCCUGAACUGGCUACUCUCUUCGCUCGGCGUGUUUACGUUGGUGGCCUUCCUCCCUCUGCUAACGAACAGAUUUGCUCUAGUGGAAUUCAGAUUGGAUUGACCGAGGAAGCAAGCAAUGCAAUGGCCCAGGAUGACAUUUUGUUUGAAGGAUCAGCCGGAGGAUGGUUAGAAGAUCCUGACCGUAUUUUUGUGGGUGGCCUUCCCUAUUUCUACGCCGAAGCUCAAGUCCGGGAGUUGCUUGAAUCCUUUGGACCUCUUCGAGAGUUUGAUCUUGUGAAAGAUAGGGAAACUGGCAACUCAAAGGGCUAUGCAUUCUGUGUUUACUUGAACACCACUGUCACUGACAUUGCUUGCGCUGCACUAAAUGGUACAAACAUGGAAGACAAAACCCUUACUGUCAGACGAGCAAACCAGAGUGCAUCUCAGCCCAGACCAGAACUGCUAAGUAUCCUAUUGAAGGCCCAGGGACAGGUGCAAAUGCAGAAGCUUGCCAAUCCAGUUGGAGCGGCCCCUACAAAGGUGGUUUGCCUCGUCCAGGUGGUCAGUGCAGAAGAAUUGAAAGAUGAUGAAGCGUAUGAGGACAUCAAGGACGACAUGAGGCAAGAAGCAUGCAGAUAUGGUAAUCUGGUGAAAGUUGUGAUCCCACGUCCUGACCCCAGCGGACACCCGGUCACUGGAGUCGGAAAGGUGUUCUUGGAAUAUGCUGACGUCUACAGUGCCACCAGAGCAAAGAUGGCUUUGCAUGGAAGGAAAUUUGAUGGGAAGCCAGUGGUGGCCAGCUACUAUCCUGAGCUUAAGUUUGCCAAUUUGGAUUUCGAUGGAUAA